AUGAGGGCUGGUUAUUGCAUUUUCAUCCUCCUUGUUUCUCUUACUUUGUUCGGAAUCGUCGAUGUUUGUAAUGCUGGUAAGUUGAGCUAUAAGUUUUACAAAAGAACUUGUCCACGAGCUGAGCAGAUCGUAAAAGAGAUUAUCCAAAACCGAACCCAAAGUAGUCCAUCUUUGGGUGCUCGACUUAUUAGGAUGCAAUUCCAUGACUGCUUUGUUAGGGGAUGCGAUGCAUCAGUGCUGUUGGACACAGUUAAUAAUUCUACGGCUGAGAAAGAAGCGAUACCGAACUCAUCCUUAAGCGGUUUCGACGUGAUCGACGAUGUCAAGACUGCAAUCGAAAGGGUUUGCCCUAAAGUUGUUUCCUGUGCUGAUAUUCUUGCCUUGGCAGCUCGUGAUGCUGUUUCUGCACCUUUUAGUAAGCCCCUGUGGGACGUUCAACUUGGAAGAAGAGACGGUAUGGUUUCACUGGCAACUGAGACCAAUGGAAACCUCCCUAGUCCCUUUGCAAACUUCACUAGUUUGAUUCAACUGUUUAAUAGGAAAGGCCUUGACGUUAAUGACCUUGUUGUUCUUUCAGGUGCGCACACUAUUGGAGUUGCUCACUGUGCAACUUUCUCAAGUAGGCUUUACAACUUCACAGGCAAAGGUGAUGCUGAUCCGAGCUUGGAUCCAACUUACGCCGAAGCCUUAAGAAAGCAAUGUCCGAACCCAGCAAGUCCAACAAUAACAGUGGAAAUGGAUCCCACAAGUUCAUUAUCAUUCGACAAUCAUUACUACGAUAUCUUAUUACAAAAGAAGGGGUUGUUUGGUUCAGAUGCUGCGCUUCUUACGAACAGGAAUUCCAGAAAGAUCGUGACUCGGUUACAGAGAUCGCGUUCUUCCUUUUUCCCUGCAUUUGCCAAGUCGGUGAAGAAAAUGGGAGCCAUUGAAGUUCUCACUGGAAAUGCUGGAGAAGUCAGGCAAAACUGCCGUGUUGUUAACCCUUGAAAUAGAAUACGAGAUUAGUGAUAAAUUUGCAUCAAUUUCCCCAAACAAUGAUUUAAUUAUGAAAAAGAAGUUGAAUAAGUUUUUAUUUUCUGUUUUUUAAUGCCCAAUUAACUAAUGUUGUACUGAUUCUGAUGCAAAUGUAAUAAAUAAUUACUCAACAAAAGUUGAUGUUUUGAGCA